AUGUCCUCAAAGACCUCCAUAGAGCAUAAUUAUGGGCAACAAAUAUGUCAACCACUCCAUAUCCAACGUUUGGAAAAGGCUUUAUAUUUGGAGUCAUUCUUGGCAUAUCUAACUAAAGUUCUUAAUACACCUAUAGAUGAAGAUAGUGAUGAUGACUUUCUGGAUGGUUUUCGACCCUCACAAAAUGGUGACCGGCAUAACCUAGCCAAUGGGCUAACAAUAACAAAAGCAGAAAAAAAGGCUGACAAGAUGCGGCUUUACAAUUUCAGCAAAGUGAAAAAAAGUCGUAAGUGGCUGAAGAACAUUCUGCUAAGUGACAGUUCUUCAGAUGAAGACACUGACAAUGGCACCAUUUCCAACGAAGAAUUUCAAAUGAUGCUAAAAAUGCACAAAUAUCAAAAGAAACAUCGGCAGCUUUUUUAUCGAGAUUCAGAGCUACAUCAGUAUCAGUACUACAGUACAGGCCUUUUGUCCAGUUAUGAUCGAUAUUACGACCAUCAGAAACUGAUACUUGGGCCAAAGAAAAAGAUUUCCAGGGAACAGAAGAAAAUGGAAAAGAAAAUGAAAGCAAAAUUACGAAAGUUGAAAGAAAAGAGGGCUCUUGAAAAUGGUGACAGUGAAAAUGGUUCUAUAGAUACAUCAAUCUUAGAAGCGUAUCUACACCCAAAGCAAUCUCAUGGUAAAGGAAAACAGAAUAAAAAGCUCACACCAGAACAAGCUGACACAAAACGACGAAAAAUCUGGUUAUCAAUAGCAAAGAAAGAAAUUCCAAAGGCCCAAAAGCAGAAAGCAUCAGCACGGAAAGAAAUGUUGUCAACUUUAAAGAAAAUUUCUCAACAAUGUAUGAAGGACUGUCGACGGGCUGCUCUCCAGUCACAAAAAGUGAUGAAAGAGACACCACAGAGAGCUAAACGAAUUACCCGGGAAAUGCAGAUUUAUUGGAAACGGUUUGAGAAAGUUGAAAAAGAGCAUCGUAAGCGAGCUGAGAAGGAGGCUCAAGAACAACGAAAAAUGGAUUUAGAACUUCGAGAGGCUCGUAGGCAGCAACGUAAAUUAAACUUCCUGAUCACACAGACAGAACUGUAUGCACAUUUCAUGGCUCGUAAGAUGACUGGAGAGACAGAAGCAACAAAGGAAAGAAUUCUAAGGCAAUUGGAGGAAGAAAAAUCUCAAAAGCAUUUAAAGGUUGAAGGAGGAAUGCUUGUAGAUGUGGAGGAAGAUGAUUAUGAUUCAUCUGAGAUGAAAAAUCUUGCUCUCAAAAAUGCAGAGCAGGCAUAUAAUGUGCAUCAAAUAAGGAAACGGGCAUUUGAUGAUGAAAUGUAUACGCGGAGAACAGGAAAUUCUAUGGGUUACACUUCAGAUAUAUUGGACUCCAGUUUAGCAAAUCCUGCCAUCAGCACAGCUGUCGAGAGGUCACAGCCCUCAAUAUUUGAGGGGAAGCUGAAAUGUUACCAACUCAAAGUGAGUAAAUCUCUCUCUAUCUCUCUCUCUCUCUCUAUCUUUCACUCUCUCUCUCUAUCUUUCACUCUCUCUCUCUCUCUUUCACUCUCUCGUAUUUUUUCACCCCCCUUCAGUGAUUUUUAG